AGUGUAGGUGAAGCCUCUGCAGUAUCUCACAGCUGUGGUCACAGAUGGAUUCUCUCAAUUUCCUUCUGAUUUCAUCCCUAAUUUCUGCAACUACAUUGCUGAAGUGGAGCAGACCUGACCUGAACACAGACGGCUACGUCUACUUCUACAGGAACAAGCGCUCCUAUGAAAACUACCAACAUCCAUCUUUUCAUGGCCGAGUGAAGCUGAGGGACCCGGAGAUGAAGGAUGGAGACGUUUCUCUGAUCCUGAACAACAUCACGUUUAAUGACACUGGGAUUUAUGAGUGUCACGUAGCAGUGAGGAAGUCUGGGAGAAGUAAAAGAGCUCACACUGAGAUCAGUCACUUCAUCAACCUCACAGUCACAGGUGAAACGCAUGAAAACAUUAAACUGGUGAAAACAGGAGAUGGAAACAUGGAGGAGGUGGUAGAAGUGGAGACUAGGACAGAUCAGAUGGUUGUUCCUGCUGUGUCUGCAUCUGCUGCGUCCGCUGUCAUUGUUACUACAGCUGGAUUUGUGGCAAUGUGGAGAUUUAAAAGAAAGAAACAGGCGCCCACAGAGGCAGAUAACCAGCAGCUAGUCUGAAACGUCGAGGAGUUUCUGGUACAGCACGCUAUAAUUGUGUGUGAUAGCAAUCCACAGAGAGGGAGGACAGGUGGGAUCAGUUCUGUGGGCGAUGUGCUCUCUCCUGAGGAGGAGCGGCGUCUGUGUUUCUAGUUCCCGCCUGACCUCUUCAGAAUCAGCUGAUUUUUUUUUUUUUGCACCAUAACUUUAGUAUAUUUACCAAAACCGCACAAAGUUUCUUUGUAGUAUUAAUUCACCCUGUUUCUCCAGCAUUUUUUCCCUGAAGUGCAGAAGAUAUCCACAUGAAAUCUUCAGGGCACAAAAACAAAUUUAAAACUGCAACCAAAUCAAUUUUAUACCCACUCAAAGUGACAAAUUCUAACAAUAACAUCUUUAUUUUUUUGUUUGUUUUGGCGUUAUUGUUCCUGUAACUAGAUUCAUGUUGUCAGUAUCAAUAUCAUGGGCUGUGUCAUUGUUCACAGUUACUUGUGUUUCCCAGCAUAACCUGUGAGCAUCUGAGUUUUAUUUUCUGUAUUUUUAUAGUUGUAGUUGGGACUCUUUUUCUUUUUGUUUCUGUGGUUAUUUUAUUGUUGCUGUUGUUUUAUGACCACUUCAAGGCACUGAGUUACUUUGAAGUUUUGCAUCAUUUUGGGGGGUUUUCAGGUUGCUUUCACUCUGACUUCAUGCUCUCAGUUUGAAAGCUUCUCUGUCUUGAGUUCUUUGCACUUUUGAAAUCUAUUUGAGAGGUUUCGUCUUGAUGCAUUCUCAAUCAUCCAGGAAAGUAAAUCUCCCAGUCCAUUGUUCCUUCAGUGGGCUGGUUUCAGUCAUUAUGCAAAUGUACUGUUUAUAAGAUUGGGGAAACCUGCAGUCAGCUGAGACUGAAGAAGUCACUUGGAUGAGUGACAAAACGUUUCUCCCACAAAACGCUACGUCCAGAUGAACAGAUUCAACUUUUGGAUAUUUGAGGGGUUGCUGUUUGUAUUUGCAUCAUGGUGUUUUCCCCCAGCAUUCAGUGUGUUUUGUUUCAUUGUCUUUAGUUAUUUCCACUUUCCUUUCAUCAUUCUCUCACAGCAUCUAUUUGCCUGUGUGUUUACCUUUGCCCACAGACUCUUGGUGUUCUGGGAAAUUUCCAACAAUGUGAAUACAUUUUUGCUUUUUGUUUACUUCUGUCUGUCUCCUGAAUUUCUUUAUUCUGCAAAUCACAAUGGUUUCAAUGAACUGCACAAACUGAACGCUGAUCACACAGAGACACAGAAACACUUUGGUGGAUAAACUUUAAAGGCUCCAUGUGGGAGACAGGGAUGAUCAAAGGAUCAUCUUCUAGUUGAUUAUGAGAACUUUCAAACAACGAUUCGGUGGAAAGACUAUCUCAAUCAUCUUUACAGCACAACUAACACAGAGGGAGUGUCGUUACUUUCUCCCUGAAAGGAGAUUGAUUACAUUUCAGUUUGUAUCUUAAUAAAAUUUAAGAAGAAUUUUUUUUUUUUUUACAGAAAAACUGUUAAAUCUGUUAAAAAAUGCAGAAAAAAAAUAAGUCUUGUACUUUUUCAGCAGGUUACAGUCACUACAGUCUGCACAUUGUGCACCUGUUUGUUUUGUUGUGUGAUUAUUACAGGAAACUUCACAGACAGUUUCUCUCUACAUCACAUCAACAAUGGAUUUCAUCUUUCAGCCAGCCAUGUGUUAGAAACUCCCAGGUGCUCAUGAGCAGAGCAAUCUGAGACACUGUAAGAUCUAUGUUAUUUUUCAGUGGCAGGAAAACAUGAUCACAUGAUUAAUAAUCAACUGAAUUGUCUCUACAUAAAUCAAAUGCACUCAGAGUAUAUUUAGAGAUGCUUUCUGACAUUUUUAAACUCCUUGCCCACUUCCACAAUCAUCACUGAACCUUAGUCCUUAGAAAUAUUCAUUUUCUACUACUGUGACAUCUGUGCUCUUUAAUGCCCUCAAACAAUAAAACAGGUUUAAUUA